CAUGAAUAAUGUAGAUGGUACUGAUUUACCUAUAGAGGAUGCUAUUUGGAAUGUUCAAUUAGUGGAUUAUGUUGACGAAAACGAUUUAACAUUAAAAAGUGCCGAAGUAAUUGAUAUACGAUCUAACAGUCUCUUAGGAGGUUCAACCUUGCCUUAUGAAAAACGAUUGGAUGAAGAGAUCAAAGACAUCAUAAAAGAAACCGCCCUUAAGCCUAUCGUAGGACCUCCGAGGUUACCAACCAGUAUCCUGUGCAACGAUUGCGACCUGUAA